GUAUGUUGGAAAGAGGCGGACUGGACGACAGCGCAGAGAAGAGCCACGCCCAGCAGUGAAGGAGCCCGGGGUAGUGGAAACAGCACCGUACAAUCCGCAAUCUGAUGUCGAGUUCAUACGGCCCAGAUACGGAUGUCAAGAUGUUGCUGCAAACCGGGGUGGUCGAAGAUGAUGAGGAGGAUGUUGACAUGUUGCUGCAUACCGGGGUGGACGAAGAUGAGGAGGAUGCGAACCGUGCCAAGGCUAUGGCUGCCCGGGAGACCGACCUUGUCAAGAAACAUAUGAUGGAGGAGGAGGCCUGCCGUGCACCUAUCCCGACCCGCAGACAGAUCGAGAGAGGUCUCAAACAAGCCAAGGAGCAUCAACAGCAAAUCGAUCGGGCAUUGGAGGUUGUGGAAGAUGGAGAAGACAAGGAGGAGGAGCACCAACCACAGGAGGGACACGACAUGGAGCAGGAAGAAGAGACGGAGGGCAUGGUGCAACCAGAGGAGGGAGCGGAGAUGGAGCUCCAAGAAGAGGAGGAAGGCAUGGUGCGAGGCGGGGAGGGAGAGGAGAUGCAGCAGGAAGAGGAGGGGGAUGGAUUGGCGCAGCAGGAGGUGCAGCAUGGCGAGGUUGAUAAGGCCCACGAAGACGAGCACCGUCCCACAGCGACAGCAGUCUACACACACAGGGCUCGGCGAGCGGGGUUUCCAGAGUCCACCUAGAAGAUACCAAAAUUCCCCGCAAUGAAGGAGGCUGUCCAGCAUGACUACCUGUGGGUGAGCCGAGUGGGCAGGAAGAGAAAGGAGCCAUCACAGGAUGCUCCUGCACAGCCGAAAUGUCCUUGUGGCAGACCUCCAAAGCCCAAGACCGACGCAGCCACAGCACCGGCAAAAAAAAUAAAACAGUGCCCAAGCG